CGUGGCAACGGUCAUUCGCUCAGUCAUCGAUCGGCACGGAGCGAUUUUCGCUGAUUCGCGUGUCGCCUCGCUUGUGUCCGGACUUGCCGCAAUAUCCGACGACGAUGACACCGCGCGAUCGGAAGUUCGCGACCAUGCGAUCCUGAUAACGGCGAGCCCGAAGUGAAUAAUGAGCGUGAGAAUGUGGGCCGCGUGCGCUCGCUCCGCCUGACUCGGCCGCGCCGACAUAAGAGGAAGAAUCAUGGAGAGACGAUCGAUGAUACGUCGAUACCGCUGCGUUUGCUCGCUGAUCGCGUGGGCGGCAAUUUUGUCGCUCGCGAGUUGCCAGAGCGUCUGUCCCGCCAGGUGUUUGUGCCAUCUCAGUCAAACGCCCAGGAGCGUGAUGUGCUCGAAGCAGGGACUGCAGACGUUCCCUGAAAAUAUCAGCCGCAUCGUCGAGCACUUGGACCUGUCGAGCAACUUCUUAACUGAGGUCAGCGAGGAUGUGAACCGGUUGACCGAGCUGAUGUACUUGAACCUGGCCAAAAAUCAGCUGACUUCGCUGCCGGGUAAUCUUGAGAGGCUGGAGAAGCUUCAGAGACUAGACCUCUCGGAGAACCACAUCGAAUCCGUGGCAGCUAUUGCUUCCGUCAGCCAGCUACCGUCCUUGGUGUUUCUGUACGUUUCAAGGAAUCCACUGCCCGCCUUGGAGGGAUUAACCAGCGAUGUGCUUCGAGUGAUGGACGCAAGUCGCUGCCUUGUUAAAGAGCUAAGUAACGCGUCCUUGAGCGGACUGUCAGCGCUGAACAAUCUGAACCUAGCGGGAAAUCCCUUGGUGAGCAUCAGGAAACCCAUCAGCGCGACUUUGAGGUCGCUGGAUAUGUCCGACUGCAACCUGAAUAUCUUAGAUCCAGACACCUUCCUCGGGCUCUCGGUGCUGGAGGAGCUACGAUUGGUCAAUAAUCCCGCGUUGGUCUAUUGUACUCGGUACACGACCAUGCAGCACCCGAGGCUGAAGAGGCUCGACGUAUCGAGAUGUAGACUCGACCGGCCCGGUCUUCAUGGUCUCCCGUCGUUGACGUACGUCCGUCUGUCUCACAACGCAAUCAGCAUGCUGCCGGCUCGCAUUUUCGCCAAGAACAAGCAGCUGGUGCAGUUGUACAUGGACGUGAACCACUUGCAGAAUAUAAAUAUCAGCACCUUUGAAGGCUUGACGAAGCUUCAGAUGUUGGAUCUGUCCAUGAACGGCAUCAAUUUCGUGCACGAGUUGGCGUUGCGCGAGAACAUAAACCUCAAAAUCCUGAAUCUUUCCUACAACGAGCUGCAGACAUUGCCGAGGCUGACGACGACCACCAUGUCGUUGGACGUGUCUUUCAAUAAGAUUAGCAAGCUCAGGGCGAACUCCCUGGAGGACAUGUCGAGGAUCAGGAACUUGAUUCUGAAGAAUAACGAGCUGCAAGUGCUACCGCGCCACCUGAAAGCGGAGACGCUGAGGAUACUGGACUUGCAAAGGAAUAGGCUCGUCGGGCUGCACAAUACAAGUUUCGUCGACUUACCGUCGUUGCGACAGAUUGACUUGUCAGGGAACCGUUUGACGGAGGCGAUAAACCCCGACAUAUUCGACAGCAAUCCGGUGUUGUUGGCGGUAAAUCUGGAGGAUAACCCCUGGCGUUGCGAGUGCACGCAGCUCUACAUCACCUAUCAGUUCUUAACGGAUCCGUCGGCGAAGACCGCAGUGUCCACUCUACUUUGCCAGAGCCCGGCAAACGUGUCCGGCUACUCGUGGGAAGCCGCGUGUUUCGACGUAUGGAACUAUUAUCUGCAUCCCAGUCAGCAUAAGGCCACCUGGGGAGUGGUAGUGGUCGGCAUACUCAUCGCCUUCGUCUUGUUCGGCAGCGUGGUGUCUAUCCGACACACCAUACAGAUGAAACGGAGAACCCGCGAGCAGAUGCGGCAGCUGGAAAGAAUGGAGGCCAUCGAGAGAUCGCGAUUUAUGCAGGCGAGAAACCAGCGCGCCAACGAAGACGAGCAGCAGGAGCGCUCGGAGCGCUCGGAGCGCUCGGAGCGUCCGGCCGAGCCGAGGAUUCAUCCUCUGGAAUUGAUCGGCCCGCCCACCUACGAAGAGGCGGUCCAGAUGCCCAGGCUGGUGCGUUCGAUGGACGCGCUGAACGAGAUCGUCGUGGAGAACGGCAACGUGAACGUGAUCAUGGGCUCGGUGGACAAUCUACGAAUGAAGAAGAGGAGAACUCGCCGAGCGAGGAAGCGGACCCAGAGCGAGGACGACCUGCUGAGGAGAGAGGAGCGUCGGCAUGUGCGGCUCCGCAGGGAGAGGAACUCCAUCGGCAACAUCCUCGACGCGGAUCAGCUGCAGAGCAACGCGCAGCCGAGGAACCACCCGAGGACCACCCCGGCGCGCAGGUCCAGGAGGCACAGCGUCGCGCUGGACGAGUCCGUCGAGUCCAGCAGCGGCAGGGACAGGCCGAGGCCGCAGACGCCGAGCGCGAAGAAGAGGAAGAGGAAACAGCUGGUCCGUGACGAGCACGUGACCGACGACGAGGACUCCGACAGAUCCGGCGUCAUCAAGGAGCUCAAGCGAGAGCCCAGAAGCGGCUACAGGGAGUCGACCGGGAGACGCGAGUCCUGAGGUCGCCUCAACCGAGCCGCGAACGCGCCUUUCAUGUAUAUUCUAAGCGGCACAUAUAAGUAGCUAUGAUAUUUUUAAUAAAAUCGUACGGGAAGAGGAGGGACUUGCGGAUUUUCUUCAGCGUUUCCAUUGCACUCACCAUGGACUUUGUCCACAUGGACUUCGUCCACGCGUGUCUCGCGUCGCCAAACGACGCGUAGCUCUCUGAUCGGGGUGCUGAGGCUGGGUUCUCAUUGGCCGCCUGAACUACGGCAGGCAGGAAUCCGUUGAUCCUCCGUGAAGUUUUUCUUUUUUUCUUUCUUUGAAGAGGACCGAUGAAAUAUGUGAAAAUUCCACAUUGAAGAAUGUUUGCUUGACUGCUUUGAUAUAUUUUGUGCCGUUUCGGAGAGCGUCCGGUAACCGGCAGCCUCGCAUGGAUUUCGCCGGAUUUUAAGGUGCAUGGAGGUCGGAAAAUAAAUAAACGAACAAUACGUAACAAAUAAUAAGUAAUUAGUGAAUCUCUCUCCGCACGCGCGCUCUAAUCAGCGACAAAAAGUGCGGGAAACCGACCGGCGUUGCCAGCUACUGGAUGCUUUGUCCUGCGAGUUCCUUCACUUUCUUCUCGCGUCUUCUCUUUUCCUCCUGCGAACCACGUCG